AGUAUUGCCAAACAACAUACAGCUACAGCUGUGAGACUGAAUGAAGAGAUUCUUGGAGGACAAGCUGGUGUUUGGCAGAACUUUCAGAGACUCAGAGUUCUUUCACAGAUUUUUACUACAACCACGACAGCCAUCAUGCAGGCUCUGGGUGAUGUGGAUCAGGUCCGGAUGACCUCGGAGGGCUCCGACUGCCGCUGCAAGUGCAUUCUGCGGCCGCUCAGCAAGGACGCCUGCAGCCGCGUCAGGAACGGCAGCGCUCGCGUGGAGGAUUUCUACACCGUGGAGACGGUGAGCUCGGGGGCUGACUGCAAGUGCUCCUGCACCGCGCCCCCCUCCUCACUCAACCCCUGUGAGAACGAGUGGAAGAUGGAGAAGCUGAAGAAACAGGCCCCUGAGCUCUUCAAGCUGCAGUCCAUGGUGGACCUGCUCGAGGGCACGCUGUACAGCAUGGACCUGAUGAAGGUGCACUCCUACAUCAACAAGGUGGUGGCACAGAUGAACACCCUGGAGGAGACCAUCAAGACCAACCUGAGCAGGGAGAAUGACUUCAUGAAGGAGAGCGUCCAGCACCUCACCGACCAGAUGAAACGCUACGAGAACUACUCUGACAUCAUGAUCAGCAUCAAGAAGGAGAUCUCCAACUUGGGCUACCAGCUGCUGCAGAAGGAUGCAGCUGCCAUCCCUGAGAGCAAGGCACAGGACACGACAGGCGGCCGAGAGAAGGAGGCAGGACGGUACCCCAGCACCCGCAAGGCACUGGGGGACAGGGCUGGCCCCCGAGCGCCCAAGGAGAAGCCGUUGAAGCCCGAAAAGCCCAAAAAGGAGAACAGCAAGGCCAGGGCGGGGUCCCAGCCCACAGCCAAGCCCAAGCCCCUGGCACACCAGCAGACUGUGGUCCGAGGCAUCACGUACUACAAGGUCGGGCAGGCAGGAGCGGCCGAGGGUCCGGCCAGCGGCCGCGAGGGCCCUGUGAGAGGGGCAGUUGUGUCAGAGCAGCAGGAGGAGAGGGGUCCCCUACCCCCCUCAGCUGAGGGCACCCCAGCCCAAGCUGUUGUGCAGACGGAGACCACCGUGCCCAGCACCACGGCUGCACCCAGCACCACCCCGGACACCCGCAGCACCGCCCGCAGCGCCCCCGGCCCUGGGCUGGGGCAGGGGGCUGACAGCACCCGGGACCCCGAAACACCAAACAGAGUAAAGGAGGCGGAGUGCGAGGGCACCAUCGAGUCAGUGGAGCCCCCCAUGGAGCACCACAGCUACGGGCGCAACGAGGGGGCCUGGAUGAAGGACCCAGCAGCCAAGGAUGAUCGAAUCUACGUCACCAACUACUACUACGGGAACAGCCUGGUGGAGUUCAGGAGCCUCGACAGCUUCAAGCAGGGCCGCUGGAGCAACCUCUAUAAGCUGCCUUACAACUGGAUUGGCACCGGGCAUGUGGUGUACAGAGGGGCCUUCUACUACAACCGUGCCUUCACCAAGAACAUCAUCAAGUACGACCUGAAGGAGCGGUACGUGGCAGGCUGGGCACAGCUCCACGAUGUGGUGUAUGAGGACACAACGCCCUGGAAGUGGAGGGGCCACUCGGACAUCGACUUUGCUGUGGAUGAGAGUGGGCUCUGGGUCAUCUACCCCUCGGUGGACUAUGACUACUCACAGCAGGAGGUGAUUGUCCUCAGCCGACUUGACCCCGUGGACCUCUCGGUGCGCAAGGAAACCACCUGGAAGACGGGGCUGAAGCGCAACACGUACGGGAACUGCUUCAUCAUCUGUGGCAUCCUCUAUGCUGUGGACACCUACAGCCAGAAGGAAGGGCAGAUCUCCUAUGCCUUCGACACGCACACAGACACAGAGGCAGAGCUCCGGCUGCCCUUCCUCAACCACUACUCCUUCACCACGCAGGUCGACUACAACCCCAAGGAGAAGGUGCUCUAUGCCUGGGACAACGGCCAUCAGAUGACGUACGGCCUCCGCUUCGUGGUCUGAGUGCCCGGGCGGGUCCCACUGCACUCCUGCACCCCUCCUGUGCCGUGCCUGGCUGGGGCACCCUGACGCAGCCUGGCCCUGGCUCCCCAGCUCCAGCCAGGGCUGUGCCAAGAGCCCGGCUUCCACCCCAAAACCUUCCCCAUCUGCUACGGCCAUCACCCGCACCGUGCCCACUGUACUGCAGGGCAGGGAGAGCAUGUAAGAGCAGCACCCAGCAGACACCCCUGUGACAAAGUGGCCCUGGGGCUGUGGCAGCUGGGCCAGCAUGGCCUUCCCACAGGGAUAUAGAGGGGAAACCAGCUCCUCUGCCACUGCUGGCAGUGCCUGCCCUGCUCCAGCACACUGAGCACCUCCUGCACUGCCCUCUGCCCAGCCACACUCCCCACAUGCCCACCGGGACCGUGUGUGCCAUCAGCUGCCAGCAGUGC